UAGGCCACUGACUCUAUGUUGACUGUACGGAUACGUGCGUUUCGAUAUUUUGUAAGCGUAGGGCACAUUUCCGUCACUAUACGACAGGCGUAUAAUUUGGCAGGCUUGUCGCGUAGUGUCUUUGCAUUUUCUUCGCGGGUCGUGGUGUCACAGAGGGCCUGUGCUAGACACGAAUCCCCAAAAGGAAAUGCUUUACAUAAACCAUUUGUCUGUCAUUUGAUAUGCUGACAUCUGAGAUGCCAAGAUUCUUCAAAGCCUAGAGAAGAACUCAUGGACGCCGGAUCGAGUUGUGUUUAGGAGAAAGAAAACCCGGGUAUCGACGUUUUAAAAUUGGAUGAGGGAUUCACUAAACACACAAUGAACUUUAAGCUGCUUGCCUUGAUCUGUUUGCUGCAAGUUUUGGCGGUGAAGGGAGUGUGGAAAACCACGAAAGUAAAGGUUACUCGAAAGCCUGUGGUCGGUGACUACUUCGCUUUUUCUUUGAGCAAAGACGACGCUAGUGCAUGUACUAAACUAGCAGAGAAGGCGUGUGGUAGCUACAACAGCGUACCUACAAGCGAGCCGUGUAAUCCUUUAGAUGCUUGCUGUAAAAGUUGUCAAUGUAAGGACGAAACGCCGGCGUUCCUUGUACAUGAAAACCGCUGCGUUAGCAACAACGAUAUCAAAGGCAACUCCAGUUCAGAAUGCCAGUACUAUCUAGCAAAUAAAGCUAACUCAAGUGCAACCUGUACCAGUCCAACUCUGCCUACCAUAGACACAGUGAAUCCAGGCAAGAUACAGUUUGCCAUCUGUGGCCCAGCAGACAUCAUAACAGACGAGACUUCUGGGAACAUCCUACGAUGCGAAAUCAUACCUCAUAAUUCACACUACCUGGAGAAUGGCGAGUGGCUGGGGCUGUCAACAGACGUACGGCGAACGGUGAAGCAUGGAUUUACACUCAACAAACUACAGCUGCAGUGGGACACAGUCUCCCCAGUCCUUCACGGCUUGGUACUGUCGAUGGCGGUAAAGUGUGUGAGACACAGGUUGAUAGUACAAGCAGGAUUGAUAGAGAUGGAGAUGAAAUCGUGCUUCAAGUUCAAGAUUUCUGGAACGCGCACCUGGCCAGGACCAAGAAUCCAAAUCCCAGACCCUACCACAUCCUUGUCUACGCAUUCCAUUUCCAUGACGACAUCAGUCAAUAUAACGCAAAACGCGACGUCACUUCCGCCGCUGAUACCAACAGGGCGUGAGCCCGCGAGCACGAGUCCCGAGGGCACGGAAGCGUCCAGCAUGGUUGACGUGACUGACAAUUACGGGCCGCUCCUGAUUGGCUUGGCUGCCGUGCUGGGGACCCUUUUGAUGCUCGUGUUCGUCGCCAUCAUCGCGGCUAUCAUAGUGUUCAGAAGGAAAAGAAGAAAAGCCGAUCUGUCAAUGCGAAGAAAAAACAGAAGUAACCCGCUGUACGAACGCGGUAUAGACCCCACGCUUGGCGGAAAAGCCGCCUCACUGUACACGAAUUACUCGGGUCAUUUCUACCAACCAUUGGUGGUGAACACACGUCCCACAUGGCCUGGCGGAAAGGAGCCGAUUUACCAAACACUGGACUCGCAAUCACGCGAGACUACCAACCACAGUAACACUAAGAACAGCCUGCCGUAUUGUGACAUGACAGAAGACGGAUACCUCAUGCCUGUGGACGACCAUACGUACCCCACCCCACCCCAGUCAGAAGGUAACGUCACGGACAUGACCGACAUCUCGCAUCCUUCCAGCUCACUCGACUCGCGCAACUACGACAAGCCAGAAGGCAUCAUCGUAGCCAACCCAGAACAGGAGAAAGUAGACGCUGAAACAUCCCCCGAAAAGCUACCAGCGCGCGCGACCUCUGCACCGGUAAGAGGACAAUCCCAGCGGGUCCCCACCCCGGGUGGGGCAAAAACCAUGCCUGUACCCACCACUGAGAAGGAGCCAACGCAAGCGGUAACUGGGUCAAAGACAUUACCAGACGCAGACCAGCUUGUUGUUGCUUUGGAGCCGGAAGAUAAACAUCAGACAGGCAACGUUAAUAGCGAGAAGUCAGUGAUUGUAGAUACACCCGAGGAAGUGGAGCCUGCGAAGGACCAGCUUGCUGUGACAUCACAAUCGGAUGACUCUGAUAACGAAUCUUGCUAUGAGGACAUGCAGGAGUUAACUCUCCCAAUCGAGGAGGGGAAACCGUUCUAUUUUGUGUUACAUUGUCCGGCAAAGGGCACAAAGAAGUCGAAGAAACGGAGGAAAGAGGCGGAGGAAAACGGCGAAAUGAAUAAUGACGAGGUAGAGAAACUACCGGAUAUUAAAACUGUUGAAAAGGAGUCUCCGCCUCUGUACCACACAUUUGAAGGGCAAACACAUCUCUAAUCACGUGGACGACUCGUCAUGAUCACGAGGGCAGACCUCAAGGUCACGUGGUAGACACAUGAUUCCGAUCACGCGUCAACAUCGUGCAGUUGUCGGUUCGGUGUUACCAGAAGAGAGUUGUCGUUAAUCAUUGUGUUGUGUUAAUCUACGUAGAUAUUUAGCUAGUGUUGCACGGGACCUCGGCCAAAUCCAAACAGCCAGACGUUAUGUUGAUAAGUAGCUGAUUGGAAUCCAAUUCCACGCGUUAUUUCUAGACAUUGAUAUCAUAACAUGCAGUUUGCAAAAACAAAUAUAGUACAUUAGUAAAUUAUUUGAUUCGAGAAAUGAUCCAUACCCCAUAGAGGGAAUUGUGCUGAUUUGAAGAGGGCAAAAAAGCUUUCAUGUGGCAGCAAUGUUUGCCAAGAGGCGGUAUGAAUUAGGGAUGGGGGCUGGAUCGACAGUGCUGAAUAACGUAUGCGCAUGCGCGUGUUCUGGCGUAAACAAACAAAA